AUGCGGCCAGGACGGACAGGCGGCACGCCGCUGCAGCUGGUGUUAGUGCUCAGUCAAGGCAUUUUAAACUGUUGUGUGGCAUACAACGUUGGUCUCCCAAAAGCGAAGAUAUUUUCUGGUCCUUCAAGUGAACAGUUUGGCUAUGCAGUGCAGCAGUUUAUAAAUCCAGAAGGCAACUGGUUACUGGUUGGUUCACCAUGGAGUGGCUUUCCCAAGGAUCGAAUGGGAGAUGUAUAUAAAUGUCCUGUUGAUCUAUCCACCACUACAUGUGAAAAAUUGAAUUUGCAAACUUCCACGGGCAUUUCCAAUGUUACUGAGAUGAAAACCAACAUGAGCCUUGGCUUGACGCUGACAAGGAACGUGGGAACAGGAGGAUUUCUUACCUGUGGUCCCCUGUGGGCACAGCAGUGCGGAAGUCAGUAUUACACAACUGGGGUGUGCUCUGAUGUCAGUCCCGAUUUUCAGUUGCGGACCAGCUUUGCGCCUGCAGUUCAGACGUGCCCUUCCUUCAUAGAUGUUGUGGUUGUAUGUGAUGAAUCAAACAGUAUUUAUCCCUGGGAUGCAGUAAAGAACUUUUUGGAAAAGUUUGUACAAGGCCUAGAUAUAGGCCCCACAAAAACACAGAUGGGGUUAAUUCAAUAUGCCAAUAAUCCAAGAGUUGUGUUUAACCUGAAUACUUUUAAAUCCAAAGAUGAAAUGAUUAAAGCAACAUCGCAGACAUUCCAAUAUGGUGGAGACCUUACAAAUACCUUCAAAGCAAUUCAGUAUGCACGAGAUACCGCUUAUUCAACGGCUGCUGGUGGACGACCAGGUGCUACCAAAGUUAUGGUGGUUGUAACUGAUGGUGAAUCCCAUGAUGGUUCAAAGUUGAAAGCUGUGAUUGAUCAAUGUAACAAAGACAAUAUACUGAGGUUUGGCAUAGCAGUUCUUGGGUACUUAAACAGAAACGCCCUGGAUACUAAAAAUUUAAUAAAAGAAAUUAAAGCAAUUGCCAGUAUUCCAACAGAAAGACACUUUUUCAAUGUCUCUGAUGAAGCUGAUCUACUAGAAAAGGCUGGGACAAUAGGAGAACAAAUUUUCAGCAUUGAAGGUACAGUUCAAGGAGGAGACAACUUCCAAAUGGAAAUGUCACAAGUGGGAUUCAGCGCGGAAUACUCCCCUAAAAAUAAUAUUCUGAUGCUGGGUGCAGUAGGAGCUUACGACUGGAGUGGGACUGUGGUCCAGAAGACACCUCAUGGACAUCUGAUCUUUUCUAAACAAGCGUUUGAACAAAUUCUGCAAGACAGAAAUCACAGUUCAUAUUUAGGUUACUCUGUGGCUUCAAUUUCUACUGGGAACAGUGUCCACUUUGUUGCUGGUGCUCCUCGAGCAAAUUAUACGGGCCAGAUAGUGCUAUACAGAGUUAAUGAGAAUGGCAAUGUCACAGUUAUUCAAUCUCACAGAGGUGACCAGAUUGGCUCCUAUUUCGGUAGUGUGCUGUGUGCAGUUGAUGUGAAUAAGGACACCGUUACAGAUGUGCUCUUGGUAGGUGCGCCAAUGUACAUGAAUGACCUGAAGAAAGAGGAAGGAAGAGUCUACCUGUUUACUAUCACAAAGGGCAUUUUGAAUUGGCACCAAUUUCUGGAAGGCCCCAAGGGUCUUGAAAAUGCUCGAUUUGGUUCAGCAAUUGCAGCUCUUUCAGACAUCAACAUGGAUGGCUUUAAUGACGUGAUUGUUGGCUCACCUUUGGAAAAUCAGAACUCUGGAGCUGUGUACAUCUACAACGGUCAUGAGGGCAUGAUUCGCUUGAGGUAUUCUCAGAAAAUCUUAGGGUCCGACAGAGCCUUUAGUAGCCACCUCCAGUACUUUGGGAGAUCCCUGGAUGGCUAUGGAGAUUUAAAUGGGGAUUCCAUCACCGAUGUGUCCGUGGGGGCCUUUGGACAGGUCGUUCAGCUCUGGUCACAGAGCAUUGCUGAUGUAUCUGUAGAUGCUUCAUUCACACCAAAAAAAAUCACUUUGCUCAACAAAAAUGCUGAGAUAAAACUUAAACUCUGCUUCAGUGCUAAGUUUAGACCUACUAAUCAAAACAAUCAAGUGGCCAUUGUGUAUAACAUCACAAUUGAUGAAGACCAGUUUUCAUCCAGAGUGAUGUCCAGGGGGUUAUUUAAGGAAAAUAAUGAAAGGUGCUUGCAGAAGACCAUGAUAGUAAGUCAAGCACAGCGCUGUUCUGAGUACCUCAUCCACAUACAGGAGCCCUCUGAUACUAUCAGCCCUCUGAAUCUGUGUAUGAAUAUCAGUCUGGAAAACCCUGGCACUAACCCUGCCCUUGAAGCCUACUCUGAGACGGUCAAGGUCUUCAGUAUCCCUUUCCAUAAAGACUGUGGUGAUGAUGGAGUUUGCAUUUCUGAUCUAGUUCUAAAUGUUCAGCAGCUGCCAGCUACUCAACAACAGCCCUUCAUUGUCAGCAACCAGAACAAAAGGUUAACAUUUUCAGUCAAACUGGAAAACAAGAAGGAAAGUGCCUACAACACUGAGAUUGUUGUUGAUUUUUCAGAAAACCUGUUUUUUGCUUCCUGGUCCAUGCCGGUUGAUGGGACAGAAGUGACCUGCCAGAUUGCUUCAUCUCAGAAGUCUGUUACCUGCAAUGUGGGCUACCCUGCUUUAAAGAGCAAACAACAGGUGACUUUCACUAUUAACUUCGACUUCAAUCUUCAAAACCUUCAGAACCAGGCAUCUGUCAGUUUCCGAGCCUUAAGCGAAAGCCAGGAAGAAAACAUGGCAGAUAAUUCAGUCAACUUAAAACUCUCUCUGCUGUACGAUGCUGAAAUUCACAUAACAAGAUCUACCAACAUAAAUUUUUAUGAAGUCUCCUUGGAUGGGAAUGUUUCUUCUAUUGUGCACAGUUUUGAAGAUAUUGGUCCAAAAUUCAUCUUCUCCAUUAAGGUGACAACAGGAAGUGUUCCAGUAAGCAUGGCAUCUGUAAUUAUCCACAUCCCUCAAUACACCAAAGGCAAGAACCCGCUGAUGUAUGUGACUGGGGUGCACACAGACCAGGCUGGUGACAUCAGUUGCAAAGCCGAAAUAAAUCCACUGAAAAUAGGACAGACGUCUUCUUCUGCAUCUUUCAAGAGUGAAAAUUUCCGGCACAUAAAAGAAUUGAACUGUAGAACUGCUUCAUGUAGUAACAUCACAUGCUGGCUAAGAGACCUUCAGGUGAAAGGAGAAUACUUCCUUAAUGUGUCCGCCAGGAUUUGGAAUGGGACUUUUGCAGCAUCGACUUUCCAGACAGUACAGUUAACAGCAGCUGCAGAAAUUGACACGUACAACCCUCAGAUAUAUGUGAUCGAAGAAAACAUGGUCACGAUUCCCCUUACGAUAAUGAAACCCCAUGAGAAAGUUGAAGUACCAAUUGGAGUGAUAGUAGGAAGUGUGAUCGCUGGAAUCCUUUUGCUAUUGGCUCUAGUUGCAAUUUUAUGGAAGCUUGGAUUCUUCAAAAGAAAAUAUGAAAAAAUGACCAAAAGUCCAGAUGAAACUGACGAGAACACAGAACUCAACAGCUGA